UGUCACAACAUCGCUCAAUCAGGCGUCCUUUGAACGCGUGUUAUUUUGCUUUCGGAUUCCGAUGCACACUGUCUGCACUGGCACGCAAUAAAAUGGGUUCCGAGGAAGUUAAAAAAGCGCGAAAUUCAGGAAAGCGUAUGUGCAAAAAGGUACUGAAAAUUGCAUUUUCACAUCUUGGAUUGUGCUUUCUGGUUGUGCUGUAUUGCCUUUUAGGCGCGGCGUUGUUUGAGCUGCUAGAAAGAGAGAAUGAAAUCUCGAUAUGCAUUGAUGGGCGAAAAGAAUAUGAUGACAUGGAAAACAAGACACUGUUCAGCAUACUGGAUGUUAUCCUGAACAAUCCCGUCAACUCAUUGGCGGGAGACGCCCAACUAAUCGGAGUGUUCGAGGCGUUCCGCAACAACUCCUUAGCCAUAGGCUACGACGGUAGCUGGUGUGAGGGCUUCGACAAGGUAGAUGGGCCUAUGCAUGAGUGGACCUUCGCGGGCUCCCUGUUCUUUGCUAUGACAAUUGUGACCACGAUCGGUUACGGUCACAUCGCACCGAAGACGGCAUGGGGCCGCAUCAUGAGCAUAUCCUAUGCCAUGAUCGGCAUCCCGCUGAUGCUGCUCUUCCUCACGAACAUCGGCGUCGCGCUUGCGGACAUAUUCCGGUACGUCUACUUUAAGGUUAUCUGCUUCGGAUGCUUUCGGUCCCGGAAGAGGGACGAUGAGGAGACCACCGGAGAAGCCGCUGAUGCAGAUGCCAGCAAAAAUGAGUAUUCUACCGUCGCAAAGGUGGAGCCUGGCUACGCAAACAUACUGGCGAUAAAGAACGCGACGAUAAAAUCCGGACUUGAAACCACCACCGUCACUCUUUCAAACUCCCCGACUGCCUCAAAUCACGAUGAAUCUUCUGGUAUGAAACAGAGGACGGGAAUGAUGGGGUCCUCUGGUGGCAUUAAGGCACUGAACGGCGCCAGCAUCGCACAAAGGGGAGUCAAACUGCGCGUGUCGCCGACCCAGUCCAACGAACCGCUCAUCAUCGACGAAGACAACGACGAAGAAGAUGAGGAGGAAGAAUGGGACGAGAUAAGUAAGGUGUCCAUCCCGCUCACGGUAAGUCUCGCGAUCAUUGGCCUCUACAUGGUUUUCGGCGCCUUGCUCUUCAAGUACUGGGAGGGAUGGGACAUGCUGCAGUCGGCGUACUUUUGCUUUAUCACGCUGUCCACGAUUGGCUUUGGUGACGUCACGCCGAGCAGGGAUUUCAGCGAUCCCUUGACGAAUUUUCGGCUGGUCGUCUGCUACAUGUACACCACGUUCGGAAUGGCGAUUAUGUCGAUGUGCUUCACGCUCAUGCAGGAAGAAAUAACGGAGAAAUUCAAGUGGAUCGGCAGGAAAAUGGGCGUCGUCGAUGAGGAUGAACCGGAAAUGGAAGAGGAAGAAAAUGCGCAUGGCAACCAUUCCGAAUGUUAAAAGUAUGAGAUCUUUAAGUGAAUCAUACUUUUUCGAAUUAUUUUGGCGAUAAUCUCUAUCGAUCAAGAUAAUUUAUGUUGUCUCCGAAUAUAACUGCAAAAGAACAUUGUGGAAAUAUUUCUGCGCCGAUUUUGAGUCAAGGCCGGAACUUUCCUGUCCGUAUGUUUUAUUAGAAGUUUAUAUUGUAUUCAAAAUUAUAUAUAAAUGCAACUGUCCUUUUAACCUUUCCAUUUUUCGAGCGUUGAUAAGUUUGUUAUAUUUAAAAUGAAAUGCGUUGUCAAAUGUUUUCUUCAUUCAACAACUAUGUCAUGGAAUUCGACAUUAAAACACGCAAUUACCGGUCAACAAUAUAAUUUUUUCUAUGAAAACAUCUCAGUUUUAUAUUUAAAAAUCAGCGCUCGUACAUUGAAAAUGAUGUCAUCCGUCUUCGAGACAUAAUGAAGUGCAGUACAUCGAAGUUCACACAACACUGAUAUGCCGUCAGGGUAUAUGUUAAGUCACAGUAAAAUUUUUGUUAGUUAAAUUAAAACUUUUCGAACUUUUCAUGUUAAACAUAAAUGUUCGUCUUUAUUUGACAUAUUUUGUUUUCACAUUGUUUGGAAUUCUUCGAAGUUCAAAACUUAACGCCUAAAUUUGAUAGAUUUUAAAAGACGAAAAAUGUUUACAAGAGAAUAAGAGUUAAAGAAAUAAAAAUAAAAACAUGGUUAUUUGAUCAGGGAUUCCAAACGUGCAAUCGGCUUUACCUCUUGGUCUAAUGUAAAUAUCAACGUUGUUAUAUGCUGUUAAUAUUCGAUUCAUUAAUGUUGGAUUGUCAAUUAUUACUUGCAUAAUGUUGAUCAACGAAGAAAUAAUCGUCACCCUAUUAGUUUUUCGUUAAGUUUGUCUCUUUUAACUAUAACAUUUACCGCUUAGGCAAAUAAA